ACAAGUGGUAUAACACGCAAUCAAUUGAUUCAACUCUGCACGCACACGGCGCACAAAGACUCAGCCGCAAACCACCACCUCAAAAAAACCAAAGCGAAAAUCCCAAAGCCUCCGCCUUAUGUGGUCCUCCCUGCGACUCUUCGUUCUGACUCAGUGACUCAGUGAACUCGUCUUCGUCUGCAAGUCAAAACACCGGCUGCGAGCCUGCGAGCGAGAGAGAGGAAGCUCCGUGCGAUCCGGUUGAGAUUUGAGAAAUGGCGGCGACCAAGUACAAGUACCUGGUUGAAGUGGAGAAGGCCAAGGAGGCCAAGGACGGGAGGCCGUCGCAGGGACCUGUGUACCGGAGCCUCUUCGCUAAGAAUGGCUUUCCGCCUGCGAUUCCCGGAAUGGACAGUUGCUGGGAUGUUUUCCGCAUGUCAGUGGAGAAAAAUCCCGGAAAUCCAAUGCUCGGUCGUCGGGAGAUUGUGAAUGGGAAGGCUGGUAAAUAUGUGUGGCUAACAUAUAAGGAAGUGUAUGAUGUGGUAGUCAAAGUUGGAAAUGCCAUUCGCAGUUGUGGUGUGGGCGAAGGAGACAAGUGUGGUAUAUAUGGUGUCAACUGCCCAGAAUGGAUUAUGAGCAUGGAAGCUUGCAAUGCUCAUGGACUCUAUUGCGUGCCUUUAUAUGACUCCCUAGGUGCUGGUGCUGUGGAAUUUAUCAUAUGCCAUGCUGAAGUUUCAAUUGCUUUUUCUGAAGAAAAGAAGAUACCCGAGCUGUUGAAAACAUUUCCUGGUGCGGCAAAAUAUCUGAAGACACUUGUGAGCUUUGGCAAUGUUACACCUGAACAAAAGGAAACACUUGAGCAGUAUGGAGUGGCAUUAUAUUCAUGGAGUGAAUUUCUGCAACUGGGAGAGAAUAAAGAUUUUGACCUUCCAGUAAAAAAGAAAAGUGAUAUCUGUACUAUAAUGUAUACUAGUGGAACAACUGGUGACCCCAAGGGAGUAUUGAUAUCCAAUGAAAGCAUCAUUACUCUUCUGGUUGGGGUGAAACGUUUGCUAGAGAGUGUAAAUGAACAGUUGAGUGAGAAGGAUGUAUAUCUUUCAUUUCUUCCUCUUGCACAUACCUUCGAUCGGGUGAUUGAGGAGUUAUUUAUCUGGACUGGCGCCCAAAUAGGGUUCUGGCAUGGGGAUGUCAAAUUGUUAACUGCAGACAUUGGGGAGCUAAAACCGACUAUCUUCUGUGCUGUUCCUCGUGUAUUAGACAGAAUCUAUGCAGGCUUGACACACAGGAUUUCGUCAGGCGGCUUUGUGAAAAAGACCAUGUUCAAUCUUGCAUAUUCAUACAAGUAUCAUAACAUGCAAAAGGGCCAUGGGCAUGCACAGGCGUCUCCCAUUGCUGACAAAGUUGUGUUUAGUAAGGUAAAGCAAGGAUUGGGUGGUAGGGUGCGGCUUAUACUGUCUGGAGCUGCUCCUCUUUCUACUCAUGUAGAAGCUUUCUUACGAGUGGUGGCGUGCGCUCAUGUUUUACAAGGAUAUGGUCUGACAGAGACUUGUGCGGGGACAUUUGUAUCACUGCCAAAUGAACUUUCAAUGCUUGGCACUGUGGGACCUCCAGUUCCGAAUGUGGAUGUGUGCCUAGAAUCAGUCCCCGAAAUGGGAUACGAUGCUCUUUCAGACACACCGCGUGGAGAAGUAUGUGUAAGGGGUAACACUUUGUUUUCAGGGUACUACAAACGCGAGGACCUCACCAAAGAGGUCCUGAUAGAUGGCUGGUUCCAUACAGGGGAUGUUGGUGAGUGGCAACCAGAUGGAAGCUUGAAAAUCAUUGACCGAAAGAAGAAUAUUUUCAAGCUUUCGCAAGGAGAGUAUGUUGCAGUUGAAAACUUGGAGAAUAUUUAUGGACUUGUUUCUGAUAUUGACGCGAUAUGGGUUUAUGGGAACAGCUUUGAGUCCUUCCUGGUUGCGGUAGUUAAUCCCAACAAGCAAGCAAUUGAAAGUUGGGCUCAACAAAAUGGUAUAUCUGGUGACUUCAAUUCUCUUUGUGGAAAUGCAAAGGUGAAAGAACACAUACUUGGAGAGCUCAACAAGAUUGCUAAAGAGAAAAAGUUGAAAGGUUUUGAGGUUAUAAAAGGUGUUCACCUUGACCCAGAACCAUUUGACAUGGAGCGUGACCUUAUCACUCCAACAUACAAGAAAAAGAGACCCCAGUUGCUUAAACACUACAAGGAUUUGAUCGAUAACAUGUACAAGAGUGCAAAAUAAGCCCGAUGCCUGAAAGAUAUACACAUGCGGAACCAGAAACCUUAAAGACGUUCAAUUCGACAAGUUCUGUUUUAGUUUCUCUGUUUUUAUAUUUGUGAUUGUACAUAUGCUUAUCUGGUAAGUUAUGCUUACUGAAUGUGAAUGUACUUCUGAUAAUAUGCAUAUACAUGUUCAUCCAAAUGAGCCAAACAGAAACUUUGAGUCUUCUCCUGACCAA